AUGGGCAUCUCGGGCAUCUUCAAGGAAAUCGGUCCCGGUGAGCGCCAAUCACUCAUCGCCCUCUCCGCCCAACAUCACGCCGCCCACUCCCAACCCUUCCGUCUGGCCAUUGACACUUCCAUCUGGCUCUUCCAAAUCCAGGCUUCGAAAGGUGGUUCCAAUCCUGCGCUCCGGACAUUCUACUAUCGACUCCUUCGCCUCAUCGCGCAUAAUAUACAUCCUCUCUUUGUCUUUGAUGGACCUAACAAACCCACCUUCAAGCGGAAUAAGAAGGUUGGAGGUCCUGGAGUCAGGGUGGCCUCUGUCCCCGAGUUUCUCGCCAAGCAGCUACUCAAGGAAUUUGGAUUCCCAUGGCAUGUCGCUCCGGGAGAGGCCGAGGCGGAAUGCGCAGUGCUGCAAAGGGCCGGAGUGGUGGAUGCGGUCAUGUCGGAGGAUGUGGAUACACUCAUGUUUGGGAGUGGCGUUACUGUCCGCAAUUGGACAGCCGAGGGAAAGGGAAAGAUUCCUACGCAUGUGAAUGUCUACCGUGCAGAAACGACCAAAGCCAAGAGUGGACUGGAUCGGGAGGGCAUGAUUCUGGUGGCUAUGAUGAGUGGUGGAGACUACAUUGUGGAGGGCAUCCCAGGGUGUGGGCCGAGAGUCGCUUGUGAUGCGGCAAGGGCAGGGUUUGGAAAAGACCUGUGCGAGAUUGCGAGGAGAAAGGAUGUGCCUGGUUUGGCGCAGUGGAAGGAGAGGUUGCAACGGGAGAUCAACACGAAUGAGAGCAAGUUCUUUACCAGAAAGAAUAAGCUCGUGAUCCCGGACGACUUUCCUAGCAGGGAGGUGUUGGGGUAUUACACUCAUCCGUGCGUGUCAUCCCCAGAGAAAGUGGAGAGAUUGAGAGAGAGUCUGCAGUGGGAUCAAGGUAUUGAUUUCGUUGCACUGAGGAACUUCACCGCGGAUGCCUUUGACUGGAGAUGCAUUUCCGGUGCGAAGAAAUUCGUGCGCAAUCUGGCUCCGGCUAUGUUGGUCAGACAACUGCGUCUGAGAGAGCCAUCCACACAGCAGGACGAAGCGGUUCCCACUCAUUUUACGCUUGAGGCUCGACAAGAGCGGGAAAAGGCUCUUGUUUCUACAAUCCUCAGCAAACGGACCCACGCUUCAACCGACAACUCUCUAGAGUACCGUAUAUCCUUCACUCCGAUGAAUCUCGUGCCAAUCGACCUCUCUAUUGAGGACGAAGAUGAUGCCCAGCUCCCAGCCAGUGGUACAGAUGAUCUCCUCAGCGAAGCAGAAACUGAAUGGGCUACCAUGCCCAGCUCCACUCCAGCGCUCGGUGAGGAUGGCGAAGACGAGGAGGAAGCAUUGACGACAAAGACUCGAGGCCCAUCUCUCUAUGAUCCCACCCAGCCAGAGAAAUUGUGGUUACUGGCAGACUUCUUGAAGCGGGGAUGCCCGUUGAUGGUUAGCAUGUACGAAGACGGUGGAGGAGAUCCCAGAGCGCUGUUCAAGGCCAGGCGGGAAGCGAGAGCCACAGGCAAAGGAGCCUCCAACAUCCACGCUGGUGGCAAGAAGUUGGCUGGGAAAGGGAAGAAGAAGGUUAUGAACGACAUGCCAACCAACUCGCUCAUGGCUUAUACGACCGUCACCAAAUCUUCUCAAUUGCAAGUUUGGAAGGAUGUCGACGACAAUGUGUCUGUCGUUGGAAGAGCAGCACUGGUGGAUUUGAGUCCACGCACUUCAACCAACAGGUCUAACAGCCCACAGAAGAAGACCUCAACAACUAUUGGUAUUGCGAAGGGUAAGGCUAGUGGCUUUCAAAGGAUGAGCUCGCAAUGGCUGACUGGGCCUCCGCUUCCGAAAUCAACAAAAUUAUCUUCUUUCGAUCAAGAAGACGAGAGUGAUGAUGACGAUCCUACGCCAAAAGCAGUCCGGACACUCGCUCCAUCAAAGUCUAAAGCUGCGCCAUUGAAGGCCGGGACGGCAGCAGUAAAACACAAGCCGGCGACGGAAGACAAGCCAACCUCAACAGACCUCAACUCCUCUCGACCAUUCGCCCAAUUCGCAAAGAAAGUCGCAACGAGAGAUUCGGAUAGCACGCGAAAGACCCCGACUUCAACUCCUAAGAAGACGCGCAAGAGGCCUUCAGCCGAGCUCGAGAGCAGCGCGAGGAGUCAAUCAACGAUCAUGUCUUACUUCAGUCCCGCUGCGAAGAAAGAUUCACAAUGCAAUGUCAUCGAUUUGCUUUCUUCUAGUCCUGUCAAGGGCAUGGGAGCUAUACCACCGCCCGCAUCGACGGUAGAGCAGGGGGAUCUAGAUGGUGGGUUUCUCCGAGACUUGGAAGAGGAAAUGGAGUUGCCUGCUUCGGUUACGAAGCGUAAACCGAGAAAACCUUUGAAGAGGGCUAAAACUGCGCCUGUGAACAUGGGAGAAAACGAUUAUGAUGUUGGAGGGAGAACGACGCCAGAGCUCUUGGAUUUUAGGGCUGAGACUAAUAUUGAAGUCUUGGAUCUCGCUAGCCCGUCACCUGUGAGGAGGGGCGCAGCUUCUAUAGUUCCUCCUCCAGCGGUGAGACGAUGUGUGCAAAAGUUUCCCACACCAGCGGGAUCUCCACCUACACACGCUGCGGAAGCGACACACCUUUCACCUCCACCACGCACCACAACGACCUCACCUCUUCGAAGAUCACCAAGAAUCUCCCUCGCUCGCGCUACUUCUUCCUCUUCCUCCUUCAUCGCAAAAGACAAGGACAAGACUAGGAAGAAAAAACAACGCAUCCAACUUCGCGAAAGUCUCGCAGGUGCAUUCAAGUUCGUCGAUGCAGAGGAAGAACCACGGUUGGGGAUGUUGGAUUUGACGGGCGAUAUUGCGGGCGGGGUUCAUGUGCAUGGGAAAGGGAGGAUACGAAGUUGGAGGGAGAGUGGAGUUGAGWUGUUGGAUUUGACGGAGGAUUGA